UGUUGUGUUUAAACUUAAGUAAGCUGUGAGCACCUGAAAACCAGGUGGAAGAGGAAGAGGACAAAUCAUCAUAUAGCAGCUUUAUGUGAUUUACAGUACUAACAGAAACAAGAUUUUAAUCUUGUUUAAAUGCCGAUUUCAUUCUCAUUACAGAGUUCAAGUUUCUUUUGUUUUUCUGAUUUUUCUGGAAAAAAAGGUUUAAAUAUUGAAUUGUGAUGCCACACCAAUGGCUAAGCCUAGUUGUUGGUUGGCUGUUCUAAAGAGAAAUCAUGUCCAACACAUCAAUGAAUUUUGAAAGCAGCAAUGUAACAAUGUUAUGCAGUAAGUAGAAACUGACAAUGCACCAAAUGUUUUGCUUAGUUUAAUAAUGAUGCAAACAACUCCUUAGGUCUUGUGAUUUUAUGAUUCACUGUGGGUGGAACCAGAUGUUUGGAUCAGGCACUUGGCUUACAGACCAACUCAUCCAUGAACCUAAAGUGUCCGUCUAUUCUACCACCAAACCUCAACAAGGGAAGAACACCUUUCUGUGCCAUGCCAGUGAUAUAUUCCUGGAUAUGGUCAGAUUCCACUGGAAGGUGUUGAAAGAUGAUAACUGGGUCAACGUGGAGAAGAGCGAUGGUGAGGUGCUGGAGUCGAGCUUCUCAGAUAAGACAAGGACCAGUAUGAUGAUUAUUGACAAGCAGAAGGCCGAUGCCAACCGCUAUGCCUGCUCAGUCGAGCCCAACAGGGAAGGAAAAGAGAGCGAGCCUCUGGAGAUAAAGAAAGAAGCGCAAACUGAACCUGGUCCAACUUCAAGCUCACUUGCAAUAACCUGCCCACCUGCCAACAUAUCCAAGCCACGCAUGCCAGAUGCGUAUUCUGGAGCUGCACGCAGUCUAUAUCUGGCAACAUGGAUGUACACUCUUAUGAUUUUUAAAAGCAUGGUGUACUUCUGUGCCAUCUCCUACUUCUUGUGCACAAAGAAUGUGGGAAGGAAUCCCUCAUGCGACAGGAAAGCUCCAUGAUACCAUGACUGUGGAGCUGAGAGAUUUGCUUAUUUGUUUGAAUUUUUUUUUGUGUUGCUAGUGUAAGUCAAAAGAUAUUGAUCUUCGACAUAUUCUCCCCUCUCAGCAACUAUUAUUUCCAAUAGAACUCUCUAUACACAUCACUGUUUGUGCACAUUAUUUCCUCUUUAUUUUCUUCCAUGUUUUUUUAUGCUUAAUUACUUUGUUGUGUUUUGAUGUGCACACAUAGCACCUUAGACCUGAUUUUGUCCUUUGUUAUUCUAUUACUUUAUUCUCUCUAAAAUAUAUUUUCUAUCUUAACUUUUAUUCUAAUUCCAUUUGCCCAAUCAUAAACAUAAUUUUUGGAAACAAAUCAUUUUGCUGUUAUGUCAUUGUAUUACAAAGGCAAAUGUUUCUCUUAUGUAAGAUUACAUCAAACUGUUUUACCACGCAAAAUUAUUUUAUCACCUGUGUAUAACUAAUACUGUAAUUGUAAUUCGUAUGUAUUGUUUUAGAUGGUCAAACGCAACACUUUUGAAUAAACAGUUUUAAGACUUCA